AUGGCGCCCAAUGUCCAAACCCCAUUGACCUCAACGCCGUCCAGAAGCUCUGAAAUUCACCCGGGCCCAUCAAAUCCAGAAAACUCCGAUGAUAGUCUGAUGGAGGGAGGAAACGAAGUUCCGCAAGGAGGAGAUUCCAGAUUUCAGCCAGAGAAUGAGAAACAUCAGUUGUCUCGUCUCAAUAGCAGGUUGGCAAGUUACAUACACCGAGUGAACGAAUUGCAACACGAAAACCAGCAUCUUCACGAGACUCUCCGUCGUGUGGAGAAGAAGACAACGAUCGAGACGACGUCGGUGAAGAACAGCUUCCACAAGCAGGUUGAAACCUUAAGGGGUGUAAUCAGCGACGAAGCCAAACUCCGAGCCACCGCUGAAGCCGAGGUGAAGGCACUGCAGAAAUCGAUCGAGCGACUGACUUCAUGGAACGCUACGUUGAAGCAAGAUCUUGACAGAGCUACGUGUCGAUUGAAUACUCUAGAAACAGACAACGCGGAUCUCCGAUCCAAGCAUCAAAACGCCACGAUACAAAGUUUGCAGCGGCAGAAAGACUUCGAAGCAUCGCAAAAGCAAUUAGCCGAGGCUGAGAAUCGUAUGAAAACACUUUUUAUCGAGAACGUGACGCUCAAGGAGAAGAACAGCAGCCUAACGGAAGAAAACAGGAAUCUGAUGCAGAGGCACGAGGAACAAAUCGAAGAAAUUCGUAAAGUAACCGAAAGCGAGAUCGUCGAAGUCAGCAGCAGGGUUCAAGCUCGUGCUCAAUCUAAUUUGCAGACGCAAAUUGAAGACUUUCGCAAGAUCUACGAGUCGAGAGCAGAAGAGCAGAGGAAGCUCUUCGAAGAAGAAAAGGAGCGACUUUUGUCGCAGCUCGUUUCAAAGCAAAUCCACGACCAGGUCAGACAGCAAGCGGGAUCCCUCAAGGCCCAAGUUCGCGAGUUGCAGAAAGAGCUCGAUGAUAAGAAGCGACUCCUCAAUCAAGAGCGCUCAUGGUCCACGGAGCAUUUGCGUCUGAAGGAUGAAGUGAUACAAGAAGCCAAUGAGAGAUUCAGAGAUCUGAAGGAGUCUUACGAUAAGCUGUCCAAUGAGAAGCGAGACCUUCAGAACGAGCUCGACGUCUACAGAGUGCUCCUAGAGCGAGAAGAAGGUCGCCUCAAUCUCUCAGGUUCCGCGAGCUCGGGACACGCGAGCUCGGGUCAUUUCAGUCUUUCAAACUCGCCCAGUACUCCGGCGACCUCAACCACGCGGAAGCGGAAGAGACUGUCCUCCGGCUUCGAGAGCGCAGGUAGCUGCGAGCAUAGAGAUAUCGAAACCAAGUCCGGCUGUUGGGGUCCAAUAAGAAUCGCUGAUCACGACACCGGUAGCGGCAAAUUCAUCGUUCUCGAGAACACCACCGACGAUGACGUGGCGCUGGGCAGAUGGAGGAUCGUCCAGCGGAGUGGAGAACAGAAAGCAUGUCAUCGGUUCCCGCUGCAGUUCUCGAUGAAAGCUAAGCAAAGAAUUACGUUGUGGUCUGCGAACUCGAAGAAGCAGCAUUGUCCUCCGAAGGAUUACGUUCUCAGAAAGAUUGUUUUCCCUUGGAGUGGACCCGGAGACGUGGAUCUGUCGACAACGAUUUUCAACCCUCAGGGCAAGAGGAUGGCUAAACGAGUCAGUCGCCUCCGCUCAUUCUCGUCGCGGUAUUCGCAGAAGUCUCAAGACUUCGACGACGAAGACGUAGAGUCGGUGAUGGAAGACGAGCCUGACGCUCCGACAGCCACUCUCGACGACACAAGCUGUUCUGUGAUGUGA